AACCUAUGAGCUUCGUUCUUGCUGGUUGGUAAGAGUCCUUUGCAAAACACAAAUGCAAACCCACGAUGAAAAUCAAUGAACAGAAAGCAAUGCCUGCCUUAAAUCAGUUGUUCAUGACUGUGCAUCUCUUGUGGAAUGAGCAGGACCCAGGUGUUCCACUUGGGCCUUGCUUUCUGGCUUUAAUAAGUGCUGGUUGGGAGCAGCAAUGUUCUUAGCGAGGUUUUGCAUAACAUCAAUAAGGAGAGGCAAAGCCUUAAUGCCUGCUUAAUAGCGUUUGCCCGGAAUUCAAUUACUGCCUAUUGCCAGGCUGCUGGCAGCGCUAAUGAUCGCACGCGGGCACCGCCGUGAUUGAUCGUGAUGAUUCUGAUUCUGCUCUGUGCUACCCAGCCUCCCCCAGCAACGCAGAAAUACCAAAAAGGGGAAAAUAUUUGAGACGGAAGCAAGGGUGUAAAUUCUGAUCUUGAGGAUUGUGUACUCAGAGGAAAUGGGGAUGGUUUCAUGAUGGAGUUUUAGUUUAGGUUUUGUCCUAGGAUGCAGUCCCUUCCUAUGGCACGUUACUUUGCAUCCCAUACGCCCCCAGCUCCCUCAGCCUCUCAUUGCACCUCAGGCUUGCCAGGGGCUUUGGUCCUUUUUAAUGUUCAGAAAUAAGAGUGAGGAUUGAGAUUCCCAUUCCAAAUUAGGAACAUCCAUGGCAAAUCUUGUUGAGGUUUAGAUGUAAAUUUCGGGAUUUAUGUCACUAAUUGCUGUGUUUGUGUUUGUGACAUUAAUCUGCCAAAGAUGGUUUAGGGUGGUAUUACCAAGGAGUGAAUGGGAGGAUAUAGGAAGGGCAGGGCCCCUUGUGACAUCAAGGACAUUGAGUAAGGAGUAUGGAUUUACUGAAGUUUUUUGCCUUGGAUGACAUCAUUUAGAAGAACAGCUUUUCCUUAUUCUUUUUAUGGAGUUGCUCGUUGCUCAGGGAGCAUUUGAAUUAUUAGUUGUUGUCAAUGACACAUUUGUUUCCAAAUGGAUCUAUGUGAAAUUAUAUUUUAAUGUACCUAGAAGAUAAGUAAUAGGAAUCUGCUUUAAAAAAAAAACCCAAUCCACAAAACCCUCCAAGCAAAUAAAUUUUUCAUUUCACAGAAUCUCUGGGUAUGCUUCCACGUCAUGGCUAUUGAAUUAUGAGCUGAAUAACUGCUUUAAAAGUGCAUGGAGGCACUUUAGAGGGGGUUUAAGUCAGGAAUGUACCAUCUGUAAUGGAAAUGGCAGAGAAGAUAUAGGGAGAAAGGAGAGAGAUAACAGAGCUUGAACAGGUUUGCCUGGGAGCGAGCAGAUACAGCUCUGAUUUGUGCUAAUGUGUUGUCUGGGAAACUUGAUUCUGCAUCUUCCCUAAAGUGGUGACAAGGUGGUAACCCUGAAAACGAGGUGAUCCCAGCCAGGCUGCUGUCUGGCCUGCUUCUUAACUACAAUUAACUCCUCGUGUGCUUUUUGGGGCUGGUGGGGGGGGUUCAUUUUUUUACAUCUGAAAGCAGCAUUUUCUCCGGAGCAGAUGAUUUACCAGCUUGUCAUUGGGCUGUGCCACUGGUGCAGCGUGUGGCAGAACUGGAACCCCAGCUGGAUUCCCUUAGGGGCCUGGAAGGUUUAUUACCCUCUGCAGCCCCAAAGUUCCUAACCUGCCAGGGAGCUGGAAAUUCCCAUCUUGAUGCUCGCACUAGUGCCAGACCUGGCAGGAGAAUGCCACUGUCACUUAUUUCCUCUGCAUCUUUCUUUGGAUCAAACACGAGAAGGAUCUCAGUCUCAGCCUAACAGAGGGACAAAAAGACCCCGUGAUGAAGAGGAAGAGGAAAUCAAAGCACGUCGGAAACAAGCCAGUGCCCGAGAGCAUGGUCGUCACAGGGAAGAGGAGUCUGCAGCCCAGGAAGAAACUGAUGAUGAGAAGAAGAAACUCCUUCAGAUAAUUGAGAGGGAUGGAGAAGAGGAAGAUGAGGAAGAGGAACCUUUGGAUGAAAGUUCAGUGAAGAAGAUGAUUCUCACCUUUGAGAAGAGAUCCUACAAAAACCAGGAGCUGCGGAUCAAGUUUCCUGAUAAUCCAGAGAAGUUUAUGGAGUCAGAACUGGAUUUAAAUGACAUCAUUCAGGAAAUGCACGUGAUUGCGACGAUGCCCGGCCUGUAUCACCUGCUGGUGGAGCUGAAUGCUGUGCAGUCUCUGCUUGGGCUGCUGGGACAUGACAACACAGAUGUUUCCAUAGCUGUGGUUGACUUGCUGCAAGAGCUGACUGAUAUUGAUACUCUCCAUGAGAGUGAAGAAGGAGCUGAAGUCCUCAUAGAUGCUCUUGUGGAGGGCCAGGUCGUGGCCUUGUUGGUCCAGAAUUUAGAGCGCCUGGAUGAAAGCGUGAAAGAGGAGGCUGAUGGUGUCCACAACACCCUGGGAAUUGUGGAGAACAUGGCCGAGUUCAGGCCGGAGAUGUGCACGGAGGCUGCACAGCAGGGCCUCAUGCAGUGGCUGCUCAAGAGGCUGAAGGCUAAGAUGCCUUUUGAUGCCAACAAGCUGUACUGCAGUGAGGUGCUGGCGAUUCUGCUCCAGAAUAAUGAUGACAACAGAGAAUUGCUUGGGGAGCUGGAUGGGAUCGAUGUGCUGCUUCAGCAGUUAUCUGUGUUUAAACGACACAAUCCAAGUACAGCAGAGGAGCAGGAAAUGAUGGAGAACCUGUUUGACUCCCUUUGCUCCUGCCUAAUGCUCAGCUCCAACCGCGAUCGCUUCCUGAAGGGUGAGGGUCUGCAGCUGAUGAACCUGAUGCUCAGGGAGAAGAAGAUUUCCCGCAGCAGUGCCCUGAAGGUGCUGGACCAUGCCAUGAUUGGACCAGAGGGCACAGACAACUGUCACAAGUUUGUGGACAUCCUUGGGCUGAGAACCAUCUUCCCUCUCUUCAUGAAAUCACCCAAAAAGAUAAAGAAAGUUGGAACAACUGAAAAAGAACACGAAGAACAUGUCUGUUCCAUCCUGGCUUCCCUUCUGCGAAACCUGAGAGGGCAGCAGAGGACACGGUUACUGAAUAAAUUCACAGAGAAUGACAGUGAGAAGGUUGAUAGGCUGAUGGAACUGUAUUUUAAGUACCUGGAUGCCAUGCAGGCAGCUGAUAAGAAGAUUGAUGGGGAGAAACAUGACAUGGUGCGUCGAGGAGAGAUCAUAGAUGAUGACAUGGAAGAUGAAUUCUAUCUCCGUCGUCUGGAUGCUGGGCUCUUUGUGCUGCAGCUCAUCUGUUACAUCAUGGCAGAGAUCUGUAAUGCCAACGUUCCCCAGAUUCGUCAGAGAGUCCACCAGAUCCUGAACAUGAGAGGCAGCUCCAUUAAAAUUGUUCGACACAUCCUCAAGGAGUACGCGGAGAACAUCGGGGAUGGGAAGAACCAGGAGUUCCGGGAGAGCGAGCAGAAGCGGAUCCUGGAUCUGCUGGAGAAUUUCUGAGGAGCUGGGAGACACCUCUGUGUCUGCCCACGAGGACGUGGCGCCAGUCCUCCCCCCUCCUGCCCCUCCUCCAGCCUCUGUUGCACGAUCAAAGUGAUGUUUCUAUGAAACUGCUUCUAAAUGGGAUUUGGGAGAUAUUAAAGAUAGUUUGCUUUUUUUUUUA